UCUCGGUCACGUCAUAUCCGGUUCGGGCGUAGCUGUGGAUAACGCCAAGAUAAAAGCUAUUAUGGAUUGGGAGAGACCCAAGAAUGUGAAAGAGAUACGUAGUUUCCUUGGCUUAGCGGGAUACUAUCGUAAAUUUGUUGAAAAAUUCUCCGUAUUGGCGUCUCCAUUAACGAAGCUCACAAAGAAAGGGGCCAAGUUCAUAUGGGACGACAAGUGUGAGAAAGGGUUCCUUGAACUGAAGAAACGACUUACCGAAGCACCAGUCCUCGCCCUACCCAUACAGGGGAUAGGGUAUGAUAUAUACAGCGAUGCUAGCAUCCAAGGGCUUGGAUGUGUACUGAUGCAAAACGGUAAGGUGAUUGCCUAUGCUUCUAGGCAAUUGAGGAAACACGAGGUGAACUACCCUACCCACGACCUAGAAUUGGGGGCGGUAGUGUUUGCACUAAAAAUUUGGAGGCAUUAUCUCUACGGGGAGACAUGUCACAUUUAUACCGAUCAUAAGAGCUUGAAGUAUGUAUUCACUCAAAAAGAGUUGAAUAUGAGACAAAGGAGAUGGAUGGAGUUGAUCAAGGACUAUGACUUGAUCAUCGACUACCAUCCCGGAAAGGCCAACGUAGUGGCCGACGCACUGAGCAGGAAAAGUACGUCGGGGACGUUACUUACUUGUCUGCAGGCAUUAAGGGCACGCGUGGAGGUGUCCACGUGUGGGGCUCUCAUUGCUCAAUUUGAGGUUAGGCCCACCCUAUUGGGUGAGAUUAGUCGAAGUCAGGCCAUUGAUGAGGAAUGUCAGAAAAUCCGUGAAAGAAUCCUGGAAGGACCCGUUGAGAACUUCCGAAUACGUGAUGACGGUCUAUUAUUGUUUAAGGAUCGUGUAUGCAUACCAAAGAAUGAGGAACUCCAGAGGUCUAUACUUGAGGAGGCUCAUUCUUCAGCUUAUGCUAUGCAUCCAGGAGGUACUAAGAUGUACCGAGAUUUGAAGGAAAGUUACUGGUGGUCAGGUAUGAAGAGGGACAUCGCAGAGUAUGUGAGUCGAUGCCUUACUUGCCAGCAAGUUAAGGCAGAACAUCAGCACCCGGCAGGGCUUUUGCAGCCACUCACCAUCCCAGAGUGGAAGUGGGAGCACGUGACCAUGGACUUCGUGGUGGGGCUACCACGAACAGUGAACAACUAUGAUGCAGUUUGGGUAGUGGUUGAUAGGCUCACCAAGAGUGCACACUUUUUGCCUAUCAACAUUACUUAUCCUCUUGAAAGAUUGGCCAAGCUCUACACGGAGGAAAUUGUGAGAUUACAUGGAGUCCCGAUAUCCAUUGUCUCGGAUAGGGAUCCACGAUUCACAUCCCGAUUUUGGCCAAAGUUUCAGGCAUCGCUGGGUACCAAACUGAAGUUUAGCACAGCUUUUCACCCACAGACGGAUGGACAGUCCGAGCGGGUGAUACAGAUUUUGGAAGACAUGCUUAGGGCAUGUGCUUUGGAGUUCCAAGGAAGUUGGGACAAGCAUUUGGCCCUAGUGGAGUUUGCUUAUAACAACAGUUAUCAAGCAAGUAUCGGCAUGCCUCCAUAUGAGGCAUUGUAUGGGAGGAAAUGCAGAACACCGUUGUGUUGGGACGAGGUUGGCGAGGCCAAACUCGAAGGGAUAGAGCUGGUUGAGAUCACCAAGGCCAAGGUAAGGAUCAUUCGGGAUAGAUUGAAGGCUGCUCAGGACCGACAGAAGAGUUAUGCUGAUAAACGGCGGAGACCGUUGGAGUUCGAAGUCGGUGACGAGGUCUUCCUAAGGAUUUCUCCUUGGAAGGGCAUCAUUCGAUUUGUAUCGAGGGGAAAGCUUAACCCCCGAUACAUUGGUCCAUUUGAGAUCCUUGAAAGGAUUGGAGCCGUGGCUUAUCGUCUCAAGUUAACGCCGGAACUUGAGAAGAUACAUGAUGUGUUUCAUGUAUCAAUGCUCAAGAAGUACAUACGGGAUCCCUCUCAUAUUCUUGAGAAACCGCCAGUAGAGAUCCGUGGGGAUUUGCAAUAUGCGGUGGAACCAGUGAAGAUUGUUGGUCAACAAGUGAAGAAGCUUAGGAAUAAGGAGAUUCCUAUGGUAAAGGUCCUUUGGAGGAGUGAUCGAGUCGAAGAAGAAACUUGGGAGACCGAGGUCUCAAUGAGGGAGCAAUACCCAUUUCUUUUCGAUUAGAUACUUGGAUUUCGGGGACGAAAUCCCAAAUAAGGGGGGGUGAACUUGUAACACCGUCCCCAAAUAUAUUUACUUUUAUGUAAAUAAUGUAUUGAACCUUAUUAAAGGGUUAAUGAAUUUACGAAGUUGUAAAUUUUUACUACUUCUUUCGCGUGAAUAGUAAAUUGCACGUGGGACCCACACCGAGUGUGGGGGCUGCCCGACAUUCCCGAGACCAUAUAUUUUAUUCAUCUUGGUCUAGAUAAUAAAUAUAUAUUGGUGGAUAUUUCAUUUGGGCCAUGGAAAGGCCCAGAGUUGACCGAUCGGUCAAAAGAGGCCCAAAUUACCGGUACUGGUAAUUUAACGGAUAACAGCCCGAACUGAAUUUCGGAGGCUUAUAAAUUAAAGUUGGGGAAUGUAUAUUCAUUAUACAUGUCAUAAUGAGUAAGAGCACAUAAUAUAUUUUAUUGGACCUGAUAAAAUAAAAUAUAUUUAAAACAGUCCAAAAAAUACAACUUUCGGGACCGAUUGUACACUUCGGGACAAAAAGGGUUGACCUCCCACAUGAGUGGGGGCCAACCCACGUUUUUGCCACUCAAAUUGGAGGGGUUGGCCGGCUGGUAAGAGAAGAGAAGCAUGGGAGGAGGCUUUGAUAUGAUCUUUAUGGCAUCAAACAAAAAUGAGGUGGCCCCCAUCCACACUCAUUUGUUCAAUGAGACAAAUGGGUAAGCCUCACCCCUCUCCCACCCUCAUUUUCGGCCAAGAGAACCCAGGAAGAGCAAAGAACCACCCAACCUCCUUCCUCCAUUGUUGAAGAGAGCUCAUCAAAGAAGAAUCACCCAAAAAAGAGCUAAAGUGCUAAAAGUGUGAAAUAAUUAAGGAACUUGUGAAAGGUAUUUCAAGUGAUUUCACAAAGUUGGAAAAGUCGCCGGAGUUGUCGCCGGAGUUUCACCGGAGUUCAACCAAGAAGGGUAGAACUUCAUAACGCUAAUUCAAGGUUGAAGCUAGGGCUUGCUACUUGCACCUUCUCACGGGUGGUAUCAAAUCAGGAAGACGUGGUUCGUGCUUCCUUAUUUUCUUUCAAACUACCGAACACUUGCUCAUGGAUAUUUGUUCUACUAUAAACUAUUUUUGGGGCUUGCAUGCCCAUGUUGUUGGCCGGUUGUGGCUUAUGACUUACCGUUGAAUAUUUCCGCUAUUCAAUGGUUUAAAUGUGAUGUUGUUAUGUAUGUUUACUACUGAGCAUGGAUGGAUUGUUUUCUCAAACGCCUUGUGUAAUUAAGUGAGGUUGACUCGCGGGUGACGUCACUUAAUUAUACGGCGGUUGUACACGCGCUUGGAUUGCGGUCUGGGGCGUGACAAACAUGAAUCAAUCCAUGAUAUCAAUGCCAAAAAGAUAAGACAGACAAGAAGAAAAAAAGGAUAAAACGAAUAAGUUAAAGAUAAAUAAAUAUAAGAUAACAAUAACAUAAGAAUAUAAGAAAGAUAAAAGAUUAAAAGAUAAAAGAACAUAAAAAAGCUAGAAGAUAAAAAUAACAUAAGAACAUGAAAAGACAAAAAAGAUAAGCGAUAAAAGAAAAAAGAGAGAGGAAAAAUAGAAAAAAGAUCACUCGUCCACACGAAUGCGCGCCCUCUACUUUGCCCUCUCUAAAGCCAUACUCUCAUCCACCCAAGAAUUCGCAUAUUAGUUUUGAUUCAUCUAAUCCACGCCUAUUUGGGUCUUCCCCUCCCUGUCUCUUCUAUCCCCAC